GAAGGAGAAACCCUGUAAGAAGGCAAAGCGAAGAAGCCCGCUAGUCGUAAUGCCACCAAAGUGGGUGGGCACACUUCCUAAGUAUAAGUAUGGAAACAACCUCGUCUCGUCCUAACGGAUUUCUACUACAGAGGAGACGGAGAUGAGCGCUAACAGUAUGAGACCACAGCCAGCAAUGAAAUUACACGUGCUCUUCGCCAUUUCCUUCUCCUGGGCGUUCCAUGAGGUCCCACCCCCUAAGUACCAGCACUACGACCCCUUGACCUCUGAACUCCUCCUGUGUGACCAGUGUCCGCCCGGCACGGCUGUCCUGACCCACUGUACCGCCAAACCCCCCACCGCCUGCUCGCCGUGCCCCGACCGGUCCUUCUCAGAACACUGGCUGGGCGACAGCUGCCAAUACUGCACGACCGUCUGCAAGGAGAGGCAGCUGGUCAGUCAGGAGUGUAACAGAACCCACGACCAGCUGUGUGAGUGUAUCCCAGGCUACCACCUGGUGGUGGAGUUCUGCAUCAAACACACGUCCUGUCCACCUGGCUUCGGCGUGACUGCUCUAGGUACACCAGAGAUAGACACAGCGUGUGAGGCGUGUCCGCAGGGCCUGUUCUCCAGCCGGAUGUCUGCCAGCGAGCCGUGUGUGCCUCACAGGAACUGCUCUGAGCUGGGCUUGAAGACCCUCCGACCAGGGACCCCCACCCAGAACACACUGUGUGAGAACAAGGCUGAAGGAUCUGUCCUGGAGUGCUCCCAACACCACACACAGUGUCACACUGACGUGUCGCUGUGUGAGGAGGCCAUCUUCCAGUCUCUGGCGUCUCUCCGUCUGUCCUCCGUCCCCCUGGAGCGUCUCCUGGAGAGCCUGCCUGGGAAGAGGGUGGACAGGAAGAGUCUGGAGAGGCUUAAGAAGGCCUGCUCCCCCCAGCAGCAGAUACUACUCCUGUUGAGACUCUGGAGAGAACAGAACAAAGACCAGGUUAAACUCUACGGCAUCAUUCAAGGUGUGAACCACUGUGAGCGUAAGGUGUCCAGGUGUGCGGGUUUGAAGAACUUGACCCUGGGUGACCUGAUGAUGGUGAUGAAGAGUCUUCCAGGGGUCCGGGCUCACGAGGAAGACAUCAGGGCCGUGGUCUCCUCAUGCCGAUCCCAGCAGUACCUCCUGCAGCUCCUACACCUUUGGAAGAACCAGAACAAGGACCUGGACAUCAAUAAGGGUCUGGCUCACAGCCUGAGCAGGCUUCGGCAGCAGGGGGCACCACGCCCACUCCUCAGGAGCAUCAAGAAGAUCAACCGGAUCAUCUCCACCUCCUCCAUACACAAGAUGUACGAGAAGAUGUUCCUCAACAUGAUCGAGGACGGGACCUGCUUCAACACCAAACCCUUCAACCAAUAGGAGAAAUGGGGCGGGUCUAAGGUG